UAUAUAUAUAUAUAUAUAUAUAUGCUUGACAUCUACUUUACUGCUCUAAAUAUGCAAUUGCUAGGAAAUGCUUGUAUUAUUAUUUCAGCACUUAUUCCAUGACCUAUGUACUCUGAAACACUAACAUAUCAUGAAAACCUAAAACAUCAUGCUUAUCGUUGAAAGAUGAAUGAUUGAUUGUUUCAAGCGGUUUUUCAAAAUGAUCGCUAGACUGAUGGGACCUGCCUUGUUUAAUUCUCUUCGUUGUUUACGUAAUACUGUAACACCGAGUUUUGCACGUAUUUCAUCAUUUACAAAGUGUGUAUUUGAAAAUAAAUUACCCACCUAUACGUGCUUCAACCAGCCUCGUAGAUGGAUCAAAUGCGGACUGUCCAGGGCUGAGGUGGAAGAUAAAGUAUUGGCGGUUUGUUCUGCUUAUGAUAAAAUACAGUCGGAUAAGCUAACUUUAGAUUCUUCUUUUAUGAAAGAUCUCGGACUUGAUAGUUUGGAUCACAUAGAAGUGAUAAUGGAAAUUGAGAAUGAAUUCUGUGAGUCCUUGUGUCAUGCUCUCUGUACAUAACGAAUUUUUUAAUUCUUAUAACACCUGUCAGACGAUAUUUAUAUACUUGGUCAGAAGCAUUUUGUGAUCAGGCUAAGGUUACGUUUCACUGUAUUCAAGCCACUGUAUUUGCAUUCGUAACUUCCUGAUUCAGUAGUAACAGCUCCGUCGGUAAACGCUUUCAAAGAGAAACUGGAUCUCUGCAGAGAUAUAUAUCGCGAGGAUUAACAUAGGCAACAAGAGCCUUCUAUACUUAUAAUCUGAAUCAGAACCCCAUUUUAUGCAUUACAUCGCGCUUCGAUUAAUCUAGUCAGCAUUUUGCAGAUUUCUGUAAUCAGCGGAAGAGUUCACGUGAAAUGUGUCAGAACUUGUUACCUACCUGAGCUUAUAAGUGGAAGUUUCGGAGAAUGUGAUUUUAAUAAGUACCUGGGCCGUAAAUAUUGAGUAGGUUACUUCGAUAAGCUGACCUACUGAACCAAACCUGUCAACUCCAACUAGAAGCGAAUGCCAACAUCAUUCCAAGUUUUCUUGAAGUUCAAAAUACUGCGUAUGAGCUGCAUCAAUUUGAGUGUCUUUGUAACUUGCUACUUGAGUGUUCGAUGUGCCAUGUAGAAGCUAUUUAAGACUGACAAAAUUGAGGAUUUUUCACAAUAGUAGAGAUGUCAAGUUUUAAGCUUCACAACUAUUCUUGUACCGUACAUGUUCAUCAGCUGUAGUGUUAUUACACUUUUUCUUACUUGUUGUAUCAAUACUUUAGGUCGGUACGACGUAAACUUGAUCAUUCCUACUGAAGUUAUAUUUGGAUUCGUUAUUAAACACUGUUGAUUAAAAGCGGUUUUUAAUCGCAGAGUAUUUAUUGAAGUUCAACCUCACCUAUCUGAUCUAAGAAAGACAUCACCUAUUUCGGUUACUAAUUUCGUCCUAAAUCAAUCGCUGUGUGCCCUGCUCUUCAUCAGCCUUUGAGUGCUACUUUUGGAGACUGAAUAUUUCUGUAGAUUCCAUCGAAAUGGGUGUUUCCCUCCAAUUAAUAUCUGGUUAUUUACAGGUUUGAAAUAAGUGAUGUGGAUG